CGCUGUACACCAAGGCACAAUGGCAGGAGAGCAUCGACAUGCGUCCAGAAUUUCGACAUUGGCGAGAGCAGCAUGCACAUCUUUAUCCCGAUGAACCAAGAGCCGCCGACAUUGUGAAGGCGCUCGAUGGCAUUUAUGCACGUGCUAGAGACGAUUACAAUUUAAUUCCUCUACAUCAGUUCACCGAGCAGGAGCUUGAGACCGGCUGGCAGGCGUACAGGAGGUACUACCGAGACCAGGAUUCCUGGAAAGACUAUCGAGAGGCGUGGAAGUUUCAGAGCGCAUUUUGCAAGCUGUCUAAUGUUAAGGAGGUCAUUGUAGCGACCGCCAUGUUCCAAGACCGAGACUUCAACAGUUGGCCCUUUUGGCGACGAUUCUAUGCAGAGACAUUUGUUGGUCCAGACUGCUGGAAAGAUGGAUACCCAAUUGGCGAGAGCGAAGACGCGCUUCUUUUCGAGAUCACUGAGAAAGCCGUCUUGUGUGUCUACGAAGCCAUGGCGCGUCGCGACGAGCAGGGCUCGUCUCCUGUGACAAAAUUGAAGGUUCAGCAUAUCAUGAAGAAUGCGUCUACAUUGGUCAGCGACUGGCGCAGGGGUCCACGCCAACCGGCAGAUCUAUUGCGGAACUCACAUGUCCAAGCACCUCAGCGACUGUGGCUGGCAAGACCAUUCGCCCACCUAACCGACCUGUCGAUGUAUAUCGACGCAGACGAAAGUCUGGAGAGCCGCUUCAUCUGUGAGCAGAUCCAUCAACUGCUUAUCGACGCAAAGGAGCUCCGACGCCUCCAUUUCGUGGUCGACAACACCGACGUGGACGAAGCUCCUCUUAUCGAUGAGGAUCACGGCGAGCAGCAUGAUGAUGAGAACUAUAGUGGCGAAGCAUGUCUGUUCCACGCGACUUCAGUCAUAUGGCCGAAGAUCGAGCAUCUCACAAUAUCUGCCAACGUCAACGCGACAAAAUUCACCAAUUUCCUUAGACUCCACAGCCCAACACUCAAAUCUCUGGAACUUCGCCGAACGCUUGUAUACAAUGCUCCAAGUCUUCUGAAGCAGAUACCAAAAGUUCUACGACUUGACCGCAUAUAUAUCAAGGGACUGAUUCAUUGUGGCCCAGGCCUACCACACGGAGAGGAUGUCGACCCCAUGAUAAUCGACAACGCAUGGUUGUUAUCCGACGGCACUGAAUUCGAUGCCCCUUAUGAACAGUCUAUGAAAGCAUACUUGCUAGGACAGUCGCCGGAAAUGCCGGACUUGCUCCAAGACCAUCUCGGCUCAAAAGGGCCCGAGCAGCGUACAGACCGGAUUGGCACUGACCCAGUCAGCACUGUUUUCUAUCCGUCGUCAUAUCACGACCUGGAUUAUGUGAAGUUGAAACAUCCUAUUACUGAAAACUCGCCUUCGGGUUGGUCCUGUGUACUACGAGAUUCGAAGCACACGAUUUGA